UGGCAUAUAUCCAGGAUGUCAUCAGCCUGGCAUACUUCUGGUCUGCUGGUAGUCCUUAUGGUCCUGGCUGUCAGUGUCUGGGCUGAAGAGAUAAAAGAGAAGCACUGUGAUGUGAUUGGAGAUGAGGGCAGCGAGUCUGAAACAGAAAAAGCCCUGUUGGAGAAACUGGAACCUCUGAGCCAAAUGAGGUUUAACACGACUGUGGAGCUAGGCACCACAGAAAACUACACCUAUCACUUCAGGGUAUGCAGGGAGGUUGAUAGCUCCUUGCAUGAUCUUGCUGGCCUAGUACAAAUUGAUAGAAAGACUGGAAAGACUACAGUCAUAGGAAGAAUCAAUGAAACCCAGGUCUUCAAUGGAAGUGAUUGGAUCAUGCUUAUUUAUAAAGGAGGUGACUCAUACGGCAGACACUGCAGUGGUGAGAAGAGAAGAGCAGUGAUAAUGAUUUCUUGCAAGCGGGGGUUUACAGCGAGUUCGUUCAACAUAAUUUCUGAAGAGCGAGAAAAGGAGCAGGAGUGUUUUUACCUCUUUGAGAUGGACAGCAGUGUGGCCUGCCCAGCUGAGGAUUCCCACCUGAGUGUUGGCUCCAUUCUGCUAAUAAUAUUUGUGUCACUGAUUGCAGUCUACAUCGUUGGUGGAUUCCUGUACCAGCGCCUAGUGGUAGGAGCUAAGGGCAUGGAGCAGUUUCCUCACUUUGCCUUUUGGCAAGAUCUGGGCAAUUUGGUGGCGGAUGGCUGUGACUUUGUCUGUCGAUCUAAGCCUCGAAAUGUGCCAGCUGCAUACCGUGGUGUGGGUGAUGACCAGCUGGGUGAGGAAUCAGAAGAACGGGAUGACCACUUGCUGCCAAUGUGAUGGGCUCACAACACUUUUUUUUUUUUUUCUUCUUCUC